UCGUUAGUCUGAUUAGCGCAUGGUGACCUAUUGAAGUUAAUAACAACAACAACCAUAAUUAAACGACAGCGAAACAAUAAAUAAAACCCAGGAGAUGACAGUCAAAUAUGUAAGAAAAACUAAAGUUCAACUGUCACCGGUCAUCCUGAAAACAGCAGCUAUUGUAAUCGAUAUCUGAGAACAAGUGAAACUGAGUUCUCCUCUUCUCUCUCUCUCUUCGCUGCAUCGUUUUCCGUCGCUGUGCCAAUUUGGUGCUUACAACCAGCCUAUUCUAGAACAUCAGUUUCUUUCAAGCGAACACCUAGUAGUUCAUUCCAUCAUUCCCACAGUAGGUCUCCCGCAGGCGCUCGCUCUUCAACUUCUACAAAAACAUAAAUUAAAAAAAAAAACACCCAGGAAAAAUGGCGGAAAUUUGUGAAAAUGAGAUGCAUGAAGAAAAGCAUAACAAUGAAUUGAAUGAACUUAUGAAAGAUAUGGAAGGAUGGAGAGCUGCAUUGCUUCGCUUAAACGGUGUCGUUGACUGGGACCGGCCAUACCAUCCACUUGUACUUUUGGCUCCAAUAACAAUUAUUUUUCUCUUAGUCUGGUAUUUCGAGCCAUCCUUCUUGACUACGGUUGCUCUCUUGGGAAUGAGUAUCAGUUUAAUUGAUUUUCUUGUUCCACUUUUGUCAUCUAUGUAUGGUCCUGAAACCUGGACUGUGGUUCAAGAACAGCAAUUUGAGCAAAUAUGUGAGCGUAUCAUGAAUGUAAGGGACCAUGCGACUAAUGUCAAGACUACAUUGGUGGGACUUAAAGUAGAGAAACCAAAGUAUUUCGCUGUAACAAUGGGAGUCAUGGCUUUCUUUGCUUGGUUUGGUAGCUUGGUGAACAAUCUGAUACUCACUUAUCUUAUUGUGGGUUUCGUUGUUCUUUAUCCUGGGUUACGCCGUCACCAGAUUCUUGAGAAGUACAUCCAAGGAGUUGUGACUCUCCUGAAGAGGCUGUUUUUUGGAAAACCUAAAGCAAAGAAGUCUUAGGGUUUAUUAUGAAGAAACUGGUGCUUAGUGUUGAAGUUUGGCAAUUGUACAGCCAUCCAGUUACUGCAUAUUUCUGAUGGUUUUUCAGUCUGUUGUGGUUUUAUUUUUGUAUUUGAUCAAUACAAAUGCCUAACCUUUCUAAUGCCCUACAUUAUUGUCCUUUAAUUCUCAUCUCACCCAAAACCCCCUUUGUCUGUCUAUUUUUGGGCUUUUCUAACACCUUUUUCAACACCAAUUCGUCCAAUGGUUAACUGUGCUCUGCUAAUGGUGUUAUUUUGGCUUUUGAUCUCUUCUAGUUUUAAUGCUUUUAACAAAAGAGAAAAACUUGAAACAGUAUAUUUUUUAUUGUUUAUGAAUCUAAUAAGAUAAACACAUAUGAACGGUCAUGUGUGCAAACACAAUCACAGACUCUCAUAUAUACACAGUGUAUUCAUUUUAUACAUAGGUACCUGCUAUAUAUAUGUAUAUAUCCAUGAGUUAUUUGCAUUUUAACACUUACAAUAUUGCUCCUGAUUCAUAUUCUUGGUAUUAGAUAAUAGUUGCUUAGAAUAUCAUUAAAGAAUGUUGUAGAAAGAUUUUUGUUUUUAGUUUUAAGUACAACUUGCUGUUCAGAUUUAAUAUGCUUUUGGAAGUUGUUAAAUGAUAUGUUUCUUUUCAUGUUUCAAUUACCAAACUAGCUUCACUCUUAAAUUGUUAUUACACUUGAGGGUUUCUUAGAUAAUGUAGAUGUGGUUAAACAGGGUUGCAUCUCCGUGAUAUUGCUCCUGACUGUAAAGGAAAAUUAAUCAUUAACAGUAUAUUGUUAUUAUGUAAUCUUGUCUAACUAAAAUAUGUGUAAGGGAUAUAAUUUAGGGAUAAACUUCCUUAUAACAGUAAAAUUGGGUUGUUCAUAUAUUGUGUAUGUUUAUAUCUGUAUAUAUCGUGUAUGCUUGUAUCUGCAUAUGCACUCAUACAUUUUAUAUGUGUAUGUGUAUAUACAAAUAUACAUGCAUGUAUGUAUGUGUAUGCGGUGGUAUCAGAAAGUUUCCAGACCAGGCCUAAAUGAAAGUACAUCAUUAAAAAAAUAUGUAGUUCAUAUAUUAUUUGUAUUUGGGUAUCAUCCUCUUCAGAAUAGUCCCCUAGUCUCCUUGGGAACAUACUCAGUGAUCCCAGUGCGUCUUCCACAUUUCAAAAAGCACGACAAAAGCCCUCUUUUUGAAGGCCGUCCAAUACCACAUGCAAUUCCAUUUAAGUAUCAUCUUCUGUCUUGAAGCUGUGCCCUUUCAGCUUCAACUUAUUUUUGGUGAAAAGCAGCAAAAUUACAAGGGUAUAAGUGAGGCGAUUGUGGGGGGAAAACUUCACAGCAACCCAAUGGGAAAGCUGAUGGGAAAGUUUGGUGACAGCCCUCAUGGAUGAAUUACCCAAUUUAUUCCAUGUUUUCAGGAGUACUACUUAUGAUUGGCUGCCUUUAUUAUCCAAUACUUCAUUGGCCUUGAAAUGCAUGUGCCACUCCAAAACCUAGAUUUGCCAAACCCCUACAAAGCAUUUCGAGGGUGGCAGAUUUACUGAGCUUCAUGUAAAAUCUGAUGCUGGUAAAUGGCUCAAAUUUGUUGGGCGUUGUAAAAAUUGGUGAACAUUACAAAACCUUACGUAAUAAUUGGACAUAAUUAAACAUCAUGAAGCCUCACUGUGUGCUGGUUAUCAGUGACCAUCAUCUGGUCAUGCAUUUUCGUUAAACAGUACAAUCUUGGCACAUGCAGUCAGGAAACGUUCCAAUAACACCUCAUGGGGAAAUAUACAUAUAUAUGUUAUAUAGUGUUUUACCUAUAUAUAUAUAUAUAUAUUUAUAUAUUCACAUUGUUUUAUAUAGUAUAUAUAUAUAUAUAUAUAUAUAUGUAUAUACACAUUAAAAAGAAAUAUAUAUAGGGCACACGUACAUAUUUAUAUUACAUAUGUAUAUUAGUAUGUGUAUUAUGUAUGUGUAUAUGUGUACAUGUGUUUGUCUGUGUGUGCAUGUUUCUGUAUAUUACAUUUGAUUAGCAGCCACAAAGAAGACCUCAAGUAGUUAAUGACUUUUCUUUGUCUUUGCUUUAGUAGAAGUACAUUGCGAUAAUAAUUUUAGAUGUUGUCCUUUACAUAUUUAAUGUUCAUUGCUUCUGCUGUAUGAUUGUUUUUAUUUUUCAUGUAUCUUUACUGGAGAGGUAUUAUAGAUAUAUCAAUGCAGAUAUUAAACAGAGAUCAGAAUGUGUACUUCUGGUUUGUUUUACUUUUCUUUAAGUUCAUUCAUCACCUUUCAGUAUUUUUUAUUCACAAGAAGGAUGCACAAAUUCAACAGAUAUUGGUGUUUAUCCAUUCCAAUUUCAUUUACGUAUAGAAACACAAAUUGUUUUUCAUUGCUCUUUACCUUUCUAUAAUAGGAACAUAUUUGUCUCCCUUGCAUGAGAAAGCAAGUAGCAGAGCAAGAAAUUCUAAUAAACUGCAACAAGGUAAACCUCAAUUUCAUACACUCUCAUAGAGUGGUAAAUUAGUUUAUGAAAACUAAAAAUAAAAAACAUUAUUCAAAUAUAUUCACUGACAAAGGAUCUGAUUUAAAUUUUAAAAUAUAUUUUGCAAAUUUCGUAGUAAAUUUGUUUUGAAAAUCAUUGAGACAUUCAUGUUUUCUAUACCUUCUUAAUCUAAUUCCCUUGUUGUUAUAGCUUCAUUAUAAACUAGGCUUAUAAGAUGGGUAAAGCAUUGUUACAAAUUUUGUUUUGCUUUUAGAUCUGAAGUAAUUGCAACUAUCAAAAUGUUUGCUGUUCACCUUUUAUAAAAUUUUCUUUUAAAUAGAAUUUACUAUUCUCUCACUCAAUAUACUCAGUUGUGUUUUCUGACUCUUAAGAUGGCCCUCCAUUUACUCUGCCUGGUAAAAUAAGGCAAAUAAUUGCUUGCAUCUUUGAAGGAGUAAAAGUCUUAUUGUAAUAUAUAUUAGCACUAAGAUAAAGAAAGACCUGCUAACAUUAGUGAAAACAUCAUUGACUAUUAGGCUUUCUUCACAUGUGAUUUGGUGUUGGUUUUUGAUUUUAUUGUGAUAUUUUCCAGAAAUAAUUGUCAAUUCUGUUGUCAAUUUCUGUGUUGAAUUAUUCUCACAACCAUAGACAUUUCGUUUGUUAUAAUUUAUGAAAUAUAAUGGCUGUUGACUAUUUAGGAAUAACUGAGCAAUUAGUAGCUAAGUGAACAAAUUUACUAGUCAGGUAGCAUAGUUAACUGAAAACCCAAACAACAGUAUUUGGCCUAAUGUUGUAUUUAACAUUUAUUAAAUUUCCAAAGCUAGAUGACCAAUCUCUACAGAAUUAUAAAAAUAUAGAAAAAUUGUAAAAUCAUCAAUGACUCUAUAUUCCAUAUAUAUAUGGUAAUACAAUAACAUAAUAUAUAUUAUAAAGUAUUAUGCAAUGUAUACCAUAACUGAAUGCAUGUUAAUGUAUAACAUACAAGCAGUACCCAGAGAAACAAACAAAUCUCAUUUGAAAUAAAUAGAUUAACAUUGACCAAUAGGCAGGCCUGUUUUUAAAAAUGAUAUGGAGAAAAUUAUCAUCAUUACUUUUGAUGUAUGUUUACUGUACAGUUUUGUUAAAUUUCAUUUGAAAUGUGUUUUCUCAUUACAUUUGACUGUUAGGGUUUUGGAAAGUAAUUUGAGUUUAACCUUUAGCAUUUGAGAUUACUCUGUUAAAUGUAAUGCAUAUUCAUUCAGAUUGUUUUGAAUUAAUUAUGCAUUAUCUAGUAGCUUUGAGAUUUUGGUGAUGUGAUUGUUUAUUUUUAGAAUGUCAUUGUAAGGUAAAUGUGAGAGGCUGGGUGUAAACAGUUUGAACGAAGCAGGUAGAAUAUUUGGGUUGGAUAUGGCCAGUUUUAAUGCUAAAGGGUUAAAAACACUAAAGAAAAGCUGUUUUAGUGGAUAAUAUUACAUGAUUUUAGAAGAAAUAAUUUGCUCAACAUAGCUAUGUAUAAAAAGGUCAAAAUUUCCCUGUGUCCAUCAACAGUUCAGUAUUAGGUUUGUUUUAUGCAAAUCUUCAAAGAAUUAACAUUUGUUUUAAUUUAUAAGAAUUUAAUGUAUAUGAAUGUGUGCUUAGAUUCUUUUUAUAUUUAUUAAUUAUUUAAACAUAUAUUAUCAGAUGUCUAUCUAUUCAUUUAUUGAACACUUUAUGGCUAUUUGUGCCAAAAAAGAUCAGUUAUAUUUAAUUAAUAUUUUUUUCUUUUACUUAUUUUCUACAAAUGGAAAUUGUGUUAUAUGUUGUCUAAAUUUUUGAAAUGUCGUUGGUGAUAAGUCUUGUGUUCUUGGUCUUAAUUUUUUUUUUUCCUCAGUUGAUAUUUAUCUUCUAUUUAUCUUCUAUUUUCUAUCUUAAUAUAUUUAAUUAUCCCUUCUAACUACCUCAUUAAUUCUUUGUUUUCAAAUCAUUUUCGCAAAAUUCACACUCUUCCAGUAGAGAGAUUGCUAGAUUGUACUACAACUUUAAAUUUAUGGUAGUAGAUUGGUGUGUAUGUGUGUGUACACAUGUUCAGUUCUGUUGUCGAUACUUUAUAAUCAUGAACAUGAAUAAAAUUUAGUGCUCUCUCCUCUUUGUGGUUUCUUCCAAUCAAGUUAUGAUUUGUGACAUUGUUUCUGCUCUACCUGUUGUAAUGAGUUAUCAUAUAUAUAUAUAUAUAUAUAUAUAUAUAUAUAUAUAUAUAUAUAAUGUAUCUAACCUUGCAUUUUCUAUCUCUAUAUCUAAUUUAUUAAUUCAUAUUAUCUAUAUUUCUUGGUUUAUAAUUAAUUUUAUUAGUUAAUUAAGAAGAAAAUAAAAAAAUAAAAACCUAAUAAAAAAAUUGGAAAUAAAGUCUCCCUCCUUACAAAAAUGCAACCUACUCAUAUACAAAAAUAACAAAACAAUUUGAAGAAAGAAAAAGAAAGGCAGCAAUGUUAUAAGAAUUGAUUAUUUUAGGUUUAACUAAUUGAACCUAUUUAAUACUCUGGUCAUAUUAUUUGUAAUAGAAAGCUUGAGUGAUCAUGCUAUUCUUAAUCUUCUUUGUUUAUCUAUUUUAACUUAUUUAUGCAAAGAAAACCCUUCUAAUACCCCUGUGAUUUUUGUUAAAAGUUAAGUAUGGUGUUAAUUAAAAGUAACAGGAAUAACUUGUGGCUGACCUAACAAUUUUUCUUGCCAGUUCUUGGCUAGAUUUACUGAUAAAGUAUUGACCAACCGACACAAGAAUCAUCAGUUUUCAUAUUUGCUACAGGUUUUAUGUUGUGUUUCUAAGUGGAACAUUUUAUUCAUCUAGCAGUGUGGAAUUGGUUGCAAGAUUUUCUAGGAAAGCUUCAUUGUCUACUGUAUAGGAAUUUGUUUCAGCGUUGUACGCCACAACAAUUGAAGUUGAAUGCUGAUUUUAAUAAUCAUAAUUAUUGAAAGAAUUACCUUUGAUUUGCUUUAGUAACUCAUAGCACUUCUAUGAAUGAAAAGAAAACAAUUGGAUUACUUUUGUUGUCAAAGAAGAAAAUUUAAAAUAAAGAAUUACAGCUUUCUAUGAGUUAUAUUUCCUCGUCUCCAUUUUCAAUGCAUGGAUUUUUGAAUCUCACAGAAUUCAAAUUCAAAUGAGCAUUUAUAAUUGCUUUUUUUGGCAAAUUUUAUCUGACAUGAAAAACAAGGGGUAUUAAAGUAUAAGGAAUUUUCACAUGUUUUACAUUAUAUAUAAUUUUUGUUGUAAUUAGGUGUCAUCAAACAUUGUUUUUUUUUAACCUUGUUGUUUUACAAAAGAGCAUUGUAGUGAAGGUAGCAGCAAACUUACAUUCAUAUGAAUGUAUUUUGACUUUGGAUAGCUAAGUUGAAAAAUAUAUUUUUUUAAGGAAUGAAGGGAAAAAAAAUCAUGUUUAUUUAUUACAGAAAAUAUAGGUGAAAAUCCAAUAUAUUUUUGAAUUGUAUUUAAAAUGAUUUCUAUAAAAUGACUAUAAUGGAAGCUCAGAUAGUGUAUGAAGACUUCCAUAAUACUGAAGUUUGAACUUCAAAAAUCCUACUUCUUUGUUCUUUAAAUAGCCACAGUUUUCAAUUGCAUAUGCUGCUAUAUGAUUUAUGAGGCUUUGAAAUAUAAUUAACCAUGCAGAGAAGCUGUGAUCAUGAUCAUAUCAUAGCUCAUUAUUGGUCUUUAUAUUUUUAUCAUUAGUAUUCAAUGUGGUAGUUUUUUAUUGUUUUGGUUUGUUAACAUUCUUGUGAAAAUUAUGUUUCUAUUUCAAUAAAGAUGGAUUCAUUUAUAUCAGGGAAAUAAUGGCUUUAGCUAUUGAAACCUUGAACCUUCGAAAAUGAGUGAAUCUUAGUUUUAAAAUGCUUCUAUUAACAUAGCAGUUGAGUUAAGAAGUAGAUAAAUACUAGAAUUUCUAGCUAUCUAUUAGUGAAUUAUGAUGAAGUAGAAUUUGUUUUAACAGUUUACAUCUGUAAUAAAAACAAAAUUAAUCACAAGUUUUUAUCUAUGCAAAAGAGAGAAAAAGAGAGAAAAAAGCCAAAAGACAAAUAAAAAUUUUUAUUAUUGCAUUGAAUUCAUUUUCUUAGCUAGUUUCAUUCAGUAUUAUUAUUAUAUUUGAGUACUGAAACUAUUAAAUUAUAUAUGGAACUUGAAACUAUUUUGCAAUAAUCCUGGAAGAGAACAAAAACAGCCUGAAAUAAAAUAGUCAGAGGAUCACAUGAUCACAUACACAAUAUAAUUACUAUCAUAAUUUGUGUUGGUAAUUAUUGAACAUCUGUUAUUUCUUCUCUAAAAUUUUUCUUUGUUGUAAAAAUUUUGCUUCUCCUUCAUUUUUUUUAUUGGAAAAAUAAAAUAAGUUAAAACUUUAUAAUUAAAUUUUGUUUAUAUUUUUCUUUGAUUUGAUUUUUUUAAAUUUCAAGUGUACUUGUUAUAGACAGCUGAAAUCAUUCUUCAACUGCUGUUUCUAUUUAGUAUAAUAUUUGAUAUUUUGUUUAUCUUUUGAAACAAAUUUCACUCUGCAUACAUAGACUGUUUAUAUGCAUAUAAGAAAACAGCCUUUUCUACAAAAUUUGAGGUAUAUUCUGUAAUUUGGCUAAGUUGUAAGUUUCAGCAAUUAUAUUUUAAAAUUUAUCUGUAGAAUAUGCCUUUUUAAAAAUAAUUUUAAUAAUUUCUUUCUGUGAUUUUUUUCCAAAUUUACUUGUAUAUGAAGUUAUUAAAAAAAUUCUCAUAUAGAUAGGAAAAAUAUAUAAAAUGCAACAAAGUCAUUUAUUUAGCAUUCUUUAAAAAUCGUGAUGAAUUUCUUUAUACACAGAUGCAAAAGUUAUUUGCUAUCAUUUUUGUUGUAAGCAAUUUUCUUGUAAUGCAGUCAAUCAUACUAUAUCUCUCAAGGGGAGAACACUCAUAUUUCACUUCCAACAAUAUUGUAAACUACAGAAGUACGUUAUUUAUUGUGAAAUGGUAUAAACCAGUUUUGUUUCAGUAUGCAGUUCCAUUCACCACUAUGUCACAAAAUAAACUCAGAUCGUUAGAUUUGUAAAUAUAUACAAUAUUUAUAGUUUAAAUUACUGCUGAUAUAAAUUAGGGCUUAAUUUCACUUAUAUUUCUUUCUUUUUAUCAAAAAAAAAAAAAAGGGCAAUUCAUUAGCAUCAUUAUUUAUUUUAUUUUAUAUUAAAUCUGUAGAAUGUUAAAAAAAAAAAAAAGGAUACUUUAAAUUGACCAUGUUUAAAAUUGUAUUUCAGAAAAAAAAAAAAAUUGUGAAAAGUCUGGAAGAUUAUUUUAAAAAUCAUAUUCACUAAAAGCUGUGAUAAGUGAUAAUUCUUAUAGGGCCAUUUACUGCUGAAUUAUUCUGUUAUUUAAUUAUGCUAAUAAUAUCCACUGUGAACAAUUAAAUUGGACUGUUGACUAAACCAAAUAUUGUUACCCUCUGCAUAGUUUGUUCAUUGAUUUAAAUUUGUAAUUCAAAAACACAGUUUUCAGUUUACUCAUUACAUGUAUGUUCGCCACCAUAUCCAAUUUUAGUGUAUAAAUGUUCAGUAUAUUCUACGAGCAUAAUAUUAAGCAGAAGGAACUCUGGGACAAUAUGGUUACAUUAGAGUAUUUUUCAACAGAACUAU